AUGAGCGACGUACCACGAAUCCAGAUCGGCCGGAAAACGAAAAUGAGCGAGCUGAAAACCCGCGCCGGAUCCUGGGGUGGGGGCAAGGCUAUACGUAAUCCACAAAGCUUAGCAUACUUAGCCUGCGUGCAAGCAGGGCCUGAAACCUUGCCGGGCUCAAUUCAGGGGGCCCGGGGAAGGCGAAACAACAACACGCAGGAAGCACGCAUGGCAUGGGGUGAAAAAUGA